AUGCUGCCGCUGAGGUCGUCGCCAGGUUCGCAAUCAGCUCGCGACGAGGAGGAGGAGCAGGCGCGAGCGGGAAGCGCGUCGCAGAGGGAGUGGAAGACCAUGCCCAUGACCCCGCAGCCAGAACCGCCGCUUGACUGGAAGCGACCCAUCCUGAUGGCCGGCCUCUUCCUCCUUGCUCUGCUUGCCUACGCUUCGUGGACGUCCAAAGACACUGUCAAGAGCGCGGUUAAGACGGGACACGAGCUUGCCGUGCCGAGUCGAGCGGAGGAGAAUGUCGACGUCUGUUCGGGUCCUGCUGGUUGUCGUUUCCUCGUUCCCAUCGCCAUCGGCGAACAAGAAUCGCGCGCCCAGCUUCACCUCAUCCAGCUCGUCCACCUCUCCGUUGCCCUGAACCGCACCCUCGUCCUCCCGCGGGCAUACUCCUCCCGCUUCUCCUCCUGCGGCCACCAAUCCUUCGACUUCUUCUACUCCGUCCCGCCGUUUCUGCAGGAAAUCGAUCGCCUGGGCGGAAACGCGGUUGUCCAGCGCGAUUUCGAGAGGUGGCUUGAUGGGCAGGAUGAGCGGCGGACGGCUCAGCGGGUCAGGCUGCAAGUCGAGGGACAGUAUGGAGCGACAAGCACGGGCGGGGCAUUAGAGCUGGAUCCAGAUGCGGCGGCGGCGGAAGGGCAGUCUUGCUUGCCGGAGGAGAAGCUCGACUUCGAUGGACGUGAGCGACUUUGGGCAGUCGAAACCCUGCACGGCACGAACAGCAUCGUCGUCGAGUCACUCAUCGACCUCGAGAAUCGCAUCUCCUCCGACAUUCUCCUCAUGAACUACAACUUGCGCACGCCGCUCUUCCACUCGAAGAACCCGAUCGACAUCGACGCGGCGUUCCACUACCAGCACGAAUGGCAUGACCUGGCGAGCCGAGUUCUCGAUGCAGCGGGGCCGGCCGUAGGCGUUCACUGGCGCACGGAAAGUAUCGAGCCGGCGAUCCUCGAGUCCUGCGGCGGCGGCCUCGUCGACGCGCUUCUCGCGCUUAAGGCCGGCAACCCAGCCAUUCAGACGGUCUACAUCGCCACCGACUACCCGCUCGAGACGCUUCCGGGCGCGCCCUCGAGCGCAGCCCACGAAGGGCGACUUGACGAGGACGACGAACCAGUGGCUCAUUCCGACACCUUGACCAGGUUCCUUACGACCGCCCACCGCGAAGCGAUGUCCUCCUUCCUCCACGCCUUCGAAACCCUCGCCGCGCCGCACGGCAUCCAACUCGCGACCUACCGCUCGCUCGUCCACUCCCUCUCAUCGUCCUUCCCGCCGUCUCUGGCCUCAUGGGCAUCCAAUCCUGCCGCGCCAGCCAUCGUCUCCCAGCUCGUCCUUCGCCAGACGGAUUACUUCCUCGCCGGCCUGCCAGAUACGAGGCGCACGAAGGCGGAGGGCAAGACGGCUUGUGCGAAGAACAGCAAUUGGACGAAUAGGGUCGUCAGGGCGCGAAGCAGGACGUGGGACGAGCAACAUGGUGGACAGGGGGUGAUCACGCAGGAUGGGGAGGAGGCGAGGGAGUUGAGGAACAUUGCCGGGAGGUGGAAGACGGACGGGAGCGUCGAGUGA